CUUCGGACCCAGCCCCAGCGUCGCCAAUCGGCUUCCCUCUUGGAGAGAGUGGACCAAUCAGCGACAGUCUUCGAUGAAUAUUCAUGAGUCCGAGAUUCAAACCUUUGAGCGAGUUUGUCUUGGUCCACAGCAUCAUACCUAGGACUUUUCACAGGGACAAACUACAUUUUCUUAUGAAUGGAAAGAGAAAAAAUCUGCUCGGCUUAAAUUGGGACUCGUCCUUCACUGAGAUCAUAGAAGGAAAACAACAAAAGCGAGACGAGGGGAACCGCCAGAAGAGAUGACAAUGACUACAAUUCCAGAAAGUCUUAAUAGCCCUGCCUCAGGAAAAGCCGUUUUCAUGGAGUUUGGACCCCCGAGUCAACAAAUGUCGCCUUCGUCCAUGUCUCACGGACACUAUCCCAUGCACUGUUUACAUUCUGCAGGUCAUACCCAGCACGACAGCUACAGUCCGGGCUCAUCGUUCCCCAGAUCUCUGGGUUAUCCAUACGUAAACUCCGUCGGCAGCCAUUCCACCAGCCCAUAUCUGAGCACAGUACAGACCUACCAAAACAGCUCGGCACUCACACAGACGCGGUUAGAGGACACAGCGCCAGAAACAGAGAAACACACAGUUGUGGAAGGCGGAGAGGUUCGAUUCAACGGCAAAGGGAAAAAGAUCAGAAAACCAAGGACUAUCUAUUCCAGUUUACAACUUCAAGCUUUGAACAGGAGAUUUCAGCAGACCCAAUAUUUGGCGUUACCGGAGAGAGCUGAGCUCGCAGCGUCGCUGGGUCUCACUCAGACACAGGUGAAGAUCUGGUUUCAGAACAAGCGAUCUAAAUUCAAGAAACUGAUGAAGCAAGGCGGCGGCACGAUUGACGCCGCCGCUUUGGCCACUGGCCGCGGACUCUCGAGCGGCUCUCCCACGGUGCCAACUGUCUGGAGCUCGCCGACCACCGUGAAGACUUCAGUGGGCACAACCGGAUCUUACAUCCCCAGCUACACCUCAUGGUACCCCACCACACACCAAGAGUCUAUGCAACAGUCACAGCUCAUGUGAACACGGACCUCAGCCCCCUCGACUCUGCUCGUGGCUCUUGUGUCAGGACGGUGGCUCAGCCUGGCCCAGCACUGGUAAUGCACCACACCGACCCCGGGAGUCUGCUGCCGCAUGCCGCCAGCUGACACCGAGGCCUCCUCAUACCGGAUGAUGACAAACAGCGAAGAAUGAGAAGGAGCUGAGAGACUGAACAGGCACGCAAUGCGACCGAGGGCAACAAGCCGGUGACGGUCAGCGGGAAUCGUAGACAAAUGGAUCUUUUUUUGGUUGCCGUUUAUCACCGUUGUGUCGGUUAGCGUUUUUUUUAAUCAUAUCUGUGUGAGUUAUUCUGUUGUUAAGCUGUAGGCUACCUGUUUAUAAGAAAACGCGUGUUUGUUUAAGGCCAGAUGUUUGGUCAGAGGUGAUGUUUGGGCCCUAGAAUCAAUCUGCACCCACCCACAGUUAAAAUAGUCGAUUCGGCCUCAAAGGGGAGUUACAACGAUUUAUAAAUUCCAUCCAUCCGACCAUUACGCAUACAGCUCGUAUACAACCACAGAGCAUACUGUUCAAAGCCUCAAAUUGCUACUAUGUUGUUUAUAUAUGUGUUUGUUAUUUAAGUUAAAUUAUUCGGGCUAGUUUCUUCUGUUGAGGUCAGUCUGUGUUCAUUUUGUGAGUGUGUUUGAAAUAACAACACUGUGUUGUUAAUGCUGCACUAAUGCAAGCAAAAGCUUUUUCUAUGCCGUGCCCCGGUGUUAUGUGAAAAAUGUAAACGGCCUGACGAUUUGCUGCUUUAGAAAAAAAAUAUCCUGAGGGUGAGCAGCUCAUGUGUCACUGUAUUUUGUACAUAAUUUCUCAGAUUUGUUUUUUCUUUCUCUUUUUUUGUGCUGUACUGGAUACGCUGUGAAACAGGGUUUUAGGCUUUUUAUGUAUUUGUCCAGAUGUGUUUAGGUCAAAAUAGGGAAAAAAUAUUUAGUUUUGUAUUGAUCACUUUAAUUUAUUGAUCUGUUGCUGAAGUUUAUGUACAUAAUGUGCAAAAAGUUUCAAAAGCAGUAAAAUGAUGAUUUAAAUUA